AGACCUAUAUCAGUAAAGAGGUCGUAGUUGGAGGCCUGAAGAUGCUUCUGUCUCCCAUCCGUUGUAUCAUCCUCCUUCUCCUUGUGAACUUCGUCUAUUCUGGACGAGUUCUGAGAAAGAUCAAGGAGCACGUGCGUAAAAUCCAGUAUGAGAAAGCGAAGAAGAAUGUGCUGAUGAGCGCAGUCAACGGGCAUAAGCCCAUGGGCGAAGUGAGAGACGGGAAAAUUCACCAACCCCUGGACCACUUCGACAGUCAAAACGAUGAAACAUUUCCUCAGAGGUUUUUCGUGAAUGAAGCCUAUUGGGAGCGUCCUCAUGGCCCAGUGUUCCUGUUCAUCGGAGGGGAGGGCCCCAUCUCUGAGUUCAAUGUGCUGGCAGGCCACCAUGUGGACAUGGCUGAGGAGCACGGGGCCCUGCUUGUGGCCCUGGAGCAUCGUUUCUAUGGCGAGAGCAUCCUUACUAUUGAGGAGAUGGGUCAGGUCCUCUAAGGUGGUGUUCUUCUGUUUGUUUUUUCUAACAUUCUUUUAGUGUUUUUCCCUAGUGUUUUUCCCUAGUGUUUUUCCCUAGUGUUUUCCUUUUUGUUUUUCCAACGUUCUUUUAGUUAUUACGUUUGUGGUUUUCUAACGUUUUUCUUACGUUUUAUAGCGUUUUUUGUUUUAUAGUGUUUUUUCUAACGUUUUUCUAGUGUUUUUUUUCUAAUGUUUUCAUAGUGUUUUUUGAACGUUUUAAUAGCGUGCUUGAAUUUACUCCAGUAUAUAAGUUAUAGAUUUAUAUUUUAAUAGACAGUUUUAGUAAUUUAGGGAACCACUUAUAAUGCUGUACACAGUAUUUAAGUUUCCUAACUACGUACUAGUAGCGUAUAGCUAACCAGAGAGUCUCAGCAUAAGACGACUUUAACAUUACGGAGUGUUCUAAGGUUUACAGCCUGUUCACACAUGCAUUUUCCUUUGUCUGGAUUCAGUGAAGUUAUCUCAGACAAUACAUUAUCUGAAUGUGUGCUGGAUUGCUUUGGAGAUUGUGGAUCUUUGAGUUCAUUUGAUUUAAUCCUGCGAGUUGGAAAAAUAUCAUAAAUAAAAGUUUGCUGAU